AUGGAUCGUGGUAAAAUGACUUCUGCUGGCCGCGGUGCCAAAAGCAAAGCACCUCAGCAUCCGCAGGAUAUCUUUGCCCUCGGAAGUAAAUCUACAGUGGUUGUUAAUAGGGAUUCUGAGAAAAGAAACAUACACAAACCAUCUACAAGUGGUGUUGAACGCAAAAGAGAAACAUCUGGUUUUGGCAGUCAACCCCCAACUAAGAGAUCAAGAAUUGGAUCACCUGCUGAGGCUGUUGGAGGAACUUCAUUGGAAGUAGAUCCAGUAGAUCUUGUACCAAGUGUACUUCAAGCAUUGGAUACCCAUAAUUCUGACAAACUUCUUGGACUUCUGACUGGUUCAAUACGCUUGCUAAAGUCACAGAGAUCAAAACCAGAUCCAAUAUUAUGCAUGAGCAUGUUGUACCUUACAAAGAUACGUCCAAACAUGUUUGCUCACGAGACAGUGACACAGAGUUUAUGCACAUUACUGAAAAGAGAGCAGGGUGCAGCAUUCAAGAACAAAAGCAAUCUACUAGUGUUUGUGUUGGCCUGUAACAUGUUGUAUGCUGGACACAAGGACAGCAACAAUUGGCCAGAUACUUUUAUAAAGGUUUAUAUAGAAGAUGCUUUGAAUGAGCGCUGUUGGGUUGAGUGCUCUUGGUGUAAAUGUCUUGUAGAGAAUAUUAUCACCGCUUUCAAUACUAAACAACCACCCUCUUAUCUUAUUCCUUCUGAGAACACUCUUGGCACUAUGUCUCCCUCGGGUUCUGGUUCACCUCUCAUGGGAAGCAAUGAUGAUGAAACUGCUGUUGAUACUGAGCUGGAAUAUACUGUAUUCCCUAGGUAUUCUAGUAGUUAUGAAACGGUGGAGGCGUUGGUCCUGGAGGCUAUCAAAGAGCAGAUUCAACGGCGCGCCGCACCAGAUGCCAUUCAUCGCGGUUUCCUUAAGUUGCUAGCUGCUACUUGUGGUUUUCCUGAGAUCCGUAUGAUAUCAGCGUCGCGGCUGGAGGCGUGGCUGCACUCGGGCAAGCUGUCGCGUUGCGCGCAGGAGCUGCUCGCGUACGUGUGCUGUAACGCGGACGCGUGCGGGCCCACCGCGGCGCGCGACCACGAGGUGCUGGCGCAGCUCGCGCGCAUGCGGCUCAAGACCAAGCCGAUGCAGCAGGCCUACCAGGCUUGUCUCAGAGUGAUGGCGGCGGACAGUCCCGCGCUGCUGCGCAGCGUGAUCACGCACACGAUAUACAACGAGCUGUCGAACGUGCGGUCGCCGAACAACAUGUCGGUGCUGGCGGCGCUGCUGGCGGCGCAGCCCGCGCUGGCGCCGGUGGCGAUGGCGGAGACGUUCCACGAGCUGGUGCUGCGCGCGGAGGACUACCUGCGGCCGCUGCGGGCGCUCACGCGCGAGUGCGUGCGCGCCGCCCCCGCGCGCGCCGACGCGCAGGCGCUGCUGCCGCUGGCGCGCGCGCUCGCCGCGCCGCCGCCGCACGAGCCCGCCGCGGAGGUGCGGGAGCGAGCGUUCUCUUCUCUGGCGGACCUGUUCUGCUGCUGCUGCCUGGUGACGGCCACGCACAGCAAGCACCUGCCCGACUACAAGCAGCAGCUGAGCGGCAUCCAGUGCGCCGCCCUCGGCUGGCUGCUGGACACCGCGCCCGCCAUAUACAGGCCCUCCCGGCACGACUACCAGCACGCUCUCAACAAGAUAAUGUUCGUGGAGAGCGCGGAGGUGUACAGCAAGCCGGACAACUGGCCGCCGGAGUGCGAGCGUGCGCUCGCGCACCGCAUCUGCUGCGAGGCGCCGAUGCCGAGACAUAAUCUACUCAGGAUCAUAUUCAUUGGAUUGUCCAAGGAAAUCCCCGUGGGCCCGGCGGAGGCGCUGGAGCUAGUGGAGCAGCUGGUGCGGCGCGCGUGCGUGCUGCCGCCCGAGGAGCAGCCGCUGCUGGUGGACCGCCUGGACCUGGCCGACCACAUCUUCCAUCUGUGCCAGUUCCACCCGCCCGACAACAUCACGCUGCCCGCCGGGUACACUCCCCCCGAGCUGGCCAUCACGGGCCUGUACUGGCGCGGGUGGGCGCUGCUGCUGAUGGUGGCCGCCCACAACCCCACCACGUUCGCCGCGCGCGCCGCCGCCACCUAUCCCACGCUGCGGGCACUCAUCGAGAUGUGCAUCACCAAUAAGCCGAGCAUAGAGUGGAGCGCCAACGGCAACAGCGAGGCGGAGCGCGCGGAGGCGGAGCGCGCCAGCAUCCUGCAGCUGGAGGCGCACCUGGCGGCCGCCAGCAACGCCAAGCUGCCAGUCACCGAGCACACCUCGCGGCUGCUCAGCCAGCUGACGACGCUAGAUCCUCUAGGUCCAGCUCGGAAGCCACCGCAGAGUGUCAUCGAGUCCAUUCAAGCUCUAAACACCCAGCUACGUUUGGGCCGCCUCUUAUGUAGACAACCUGCGCUCCUCCUAGAUCUGGUGGAGCGGCAGGGCACGCGGCGCGCGAUGCCGUGGCUGCACCAGCUGCUGCGGCACGACCAGCUCGAGCUGAGCGUGCUGCCCGUGCAGUGUCUGUGCGAGUUCCUCGCUGCGGGACCAGGCGGGAGCGGCGGCGGCGGCGGUGACGGCGGCAAGGCGGGCGAGCUGUGCCAGCACCUGCGGCGCACGGUGGCCGCAUGCGAGGCGGGCGCGCGUGCUGUGCUGCACUACUACCUGCAGCGCCUGGCGCACCCGCACGCGCCCACGCGCGCGCAGGCGCAGCGGGGUCUAAAGUUGGUGUUAAGUCAAACCGAAGAUACAUCUGAAAUGGACUACAACGCUGACGUCAAUCCCGAGGAGUGGCUGGAGCUGUUGUGGGGGCUGCAGCACUGGGCGGCCGUGCGCGGGGAGGUGGCGGCGCGCGUGCGGGCCGCGUGCCUGGUGGAGUGCGUGCCCGCGCACGUGGCCGCCUACGUCGCCUUCCUGGCGCGCCACGCGGCCGCCGAGCCCGCGCCCUCCGCAAGGGAACUCACGCCGCUAGUGCUGGACCUGUCGCAACUGGUGAUGGAGCGCACGUGCGUGAUGAGCGCGAUCCUGCCGCCGGCGGAGGCGCGCGACCCGCCGCCGCCGCACGACGCGCGCGCGCACGCCACGCUCUACCACCUCACCUGCAUACUGCACAACCACAUCAACCAGAUUCGGACUAAUGAUACGGAGGAUGCGAAUAUGGAAACGGAAAGUGAGGAGGCGGGCGAGGAGGGGGAGGGCGGCGAACCGGCGUGGACCCAGGGGGAGAAGCUCGUGCUGCACUGGCCCAACGGGAAACGUGCCUCGCUACACGUCGUAGUGGCACACGCGCACCUCAAACUGUUGUGCUACGGACCCUCUAUUUACGACACGAACCAGGAGAUGUACUCGUGGCUGCAGUCGGUGUGGGUGGGGGGCGGGGGCCCGGGCGUGGGCGCGGGGGCGGGGGAGCUGCUGCCGGACUGGCUGCGCCUGCAUCUGGUGCGCAGCGCGCGCCCGCCGCUGCUGGAGGCCGGCCUGCGCGCGCUGCCCGCGCACAAGCUCGCGCUCUUCAUACAGACCUUCGGCAUGCCCGUCGCCUCCAUGACCGCGCUGCUGACGGCGCUGGACGCGUGCCCGGCGGGCGCGGUGGUGCGCCUGGGCGUGGAGCGCGCCUACAUGGCGCAGCUGCUGCGCGUGCAGCGCGCGAGGGGGGCGCGCGGGGGGCAGGCCUUCGCCGCCGCGCUGCAGCUGCAGCCCGCCGCGCUGCCGCCAGGUCAUACACGAUGUGCACGCGUUCACUCGCGUUCAAAAAAGUUACCACUUUGGGGUGGACCUUUGAGACGAGACGAAACUAUAUUUUUUAAGAUAUUCGAAACUAGCUAA